AUGCACGCGCCACUUGACCGCCCACAUCCAGACUGUCAGACCGAGAUCAAAGCGCUGCUCGUGUGCCACGAAAAGAACCCGUACGCGAAAUUCUUCGGUGCUUGUGGAGAUUUGAAGACGGCCCUUGACUGGUGCUUCAAGCGUGAAAAGGAACGCAUCCGUGAUAGCAAUUUCAAGCGCGCCAAGGCUUCGGAUGCCUACGUGAAGCAGAAAAUGCAGGAGCGACGUGAUCGCAUGGGCGAAGACCAAGCCAACUAA